GGGAUACAGACUGAGGAAAGCUUGUGAAGGGAACAAAGCAUCAGAGUAGACAACCUCACCGGUAGGGUCAAGAAGCAGGGCGGCAGGGACCCGCCUGUACUGUUCCACACGCAUGCUUCCAGAUCUUCCGGUCCCCAAGCUUGCUGCAGGAGCAAGACUGUGUGGUCUAAUAAGUCAGACCGGACAUGCUGCUUUGCGAAGGCCACAAUUGCACAGCCCAGGGAAAAUGUCAGAUGUUGUAGCUAUUUGGGACGUUAUUUUAAGUGAUGGAAUCCACAAGAUUGAGUUUGAACAUGGGACCACAUCAGGAAAACGAGUCGUAUAUGUGGAUGGAAAGGAAGAGAUAAGAAAAGAGUGGAUGUUCAAUUUAGUGGGCAAAGAAACCUUCUGCAUUGGAGCUAGAAAAAUCAAAGCCACCAUACGUAUACUUCCUGUCAAAACUUAUGUUUUGAAAUAUAUUCUGGAAAUUGAGGGGAAAAGCUUCAAGAAAUAUGUGGAAAACAGAGCAAAGACCACCAACACCUGGGUACUGCACUUGGAUGGCGAGAACUUUAGAAUUGUUUUGGAGAAAAACACUAUGGAUGUGUGGUGCAACGGUAAAAUAAUAGAAUCGGCGGGCGAGUUUGUAGACGAUGGGACUGAAACACACUUCAGUAUUGGGAACCACGGUUGUUACAUAAAAGCCGUCAGCAGCGGGAAGAGAAGAGAAGGGAUCAUCCACACACUCAUUGUGGACAAUAGGGAGAUCCCAGAGGUCUUUCAGUGACUGCUUCUGAAUGAGUUCCGGGCGUCAGGAUUUACCGCCGUAAUUAAAUGUGUUCACGCUGUACGUAUCGGUAG